GGCUGUCCUGUCUUCACUACCCUCUCUCAUCUCCAAGUUCCGUGUUAACAGUCAGGCAGUUCAUUGUUUGAUUUGUAGUCAACAUUUUCAUUCAGGACUCUUCUGGCCCGCCGCUCUCUACGAUCUUUGCAGUCAUGUCUGACCGAGGCUCUUUUGAUACCAACGUGGUGACUUUAACCCGGUUUGUGCUGGAGGAAGGGAGGAAAGCGAAGGGGACAGGGGAGCUCACUACCCUGCUCAACUCGAUGUGCACGGCCGUCAAAGCCAUCUCCACAGCGGUGAGGAAAGCUGGCAUCGCCAACUUGUAUGGCAUAGCAGGCAGCACCAAUGUGACGGGGGACCAGGUGAAGAAGCUGGACAUCCUGUCUAACAACCUGGUUAUCAACAUGAUCAAAUCCUCCUUCACAUCCUGUGUCCUGGUGUCAGAGGAGGAUGACACAGCCAUCAUAGUAGAACCAGACAGACAGGGUAAAUACAUUGUUUGCUUUGACCCUCUGGAUGGUUCCUCCAACAUCGACUGCUUGGCUUCCAUCGGCACCAUCUUCGCCGUCUUUAGAAAGACGACAGAGGAUGACCCGUGUGAGAACGACGCGCUGCAGCCCGGUAGGAACAUCGUUGCCGCCGGAUACGCCCUCUAUGGCAGUGCCACCAUGAUGGUACUGUCCACGGGGCAGGGGGUCAACUGCUUCAUGUUGGACCCGGCCAUAGGUGAAUUCAUUCUGGUGGACAGAGAUCUAAAGAUCAAACCGAAAGGGAAUAUCUACAGUCUGAAUGAAGGAUACGCCAAAUACUUUGACCCCGCUGUCACGGAGUACCUGCAAAAGAAGAAGUUCCCCGAGGAUGGCAGUGCCCCGUACGGUGCCCGCUAUGUGGGUUCUAUGGUAGCAGACGUCCACAGGACCCUGGUCUACGGAGGAAUCUUCCUCUACCCUGCUAACGUCAAGAGCCCCAAGGGAAAGCUGCGUCUGCUGUACGAGUGUAACCCCAUGGCGUUCAUCAUCGAGCAGGCGGGCGGUAUGGCAACCACAGGAAGUCAGAACGUCCUGGACAUCCAGCCAAUCGACAUCCACCAGAGAGUUCCCGUGGUGCUGGGGUCACCUAGCGACGUCCAGGAGUACCUGGAUAUAUACCAAAAACACCAUGCCAACAAUGUCAACUAGGGACCACACACACACACCAGGCCAACAAUGUCAACUAGGGACCACACACACACACCAGGCCAACAAUGUCAACUAGGGACCACACACACACACCAGGCCAACAAUGGUAACUAGGGACCACAUACACACACCAGGCCAACAAUGGUAACUAGGGACCCCACACACCAGGCCAACAAUGGUAACUAGGGACCCCACACACCAGGCCAACAAUGAUAACUAGGGACCCCACACACCAGGCCAACAAUGGUAACUAGGGACCCCACACACCAGGCCAACAAUGGUAACUAGGGACCCCACACACACCAGGCCAACAAUGGUAACUAGGGACCACACACACCAGGCCAACAAUGGUAACUAGGGACCACACACACCAGGCCAACAAUGGUAACUAGGGACCACACACACCAGGCCAACAAUGGUAACUAGGGACCACACACACCAGGCCAACAAUGGCAACUAGGGACCACACACACACCAGGCCAACAAUGGUAACUAGGGACCACACACCAGGCCAACAAUGGUAACUAGGGACCACACACACCAGGCCAACAAUGGCAACUAGGGACCACACACACACACCAGGCCAACAAUGGCAACUAGGGACCACACACACACACCAGGCCAACAAUGGUAACUAGGGACCACACACACCAGGCCAACAAUGGUAACUAGGGACCACACACCAGGCCAACAAUGGUAACUAGGGACCACACACACCAGGCCAACAAUGGUAACUAGGGACCACACACACCAGGUCAACAAUGGUAACUAGGAACCACACACACACACCAGGCCAACAAUGGUAACUAGGAACCACACACACACACCAGGCCAACAAUGGUAACUAGGAACCACACACACACACCAGGCCAACAAUGGCAACUAGGAACCACACACACACACCAGGCCAACAAUGGCAACUAGGGACCAGACACACACCAGGCCAACAAUGGCAACUAGGGACCAGACACACACCAGGCCAACAAUGGUAACUAGGGACCAGACACACACCAGGCCAACAAUGGUAACUAGGGACCAGACACACACCAGGCCAACAAUGGCAACUAGGGACCACACACACCAGGCCAACAAUGGCAACUAGGGACCACACACACCAGGCCAACAAUGGUAACUAGGGACCACACACACACCAGGCCAACAAUGGUAACUAGGGACCACACACCAGGCCAACAAUGGUAACUAGGGACCACACACACCAGGCCAACAAUGGUAACUAGGGACCACACACACCAGGCCAACAAUGGCAACUAGGGACCACACACACACACCAGGCCAACAAUGGCAACUAGGGACCACACACACACACCAGGCCAACAAUGGUAACUAGGGACCACACACACCAGGCCAACAAUGGUAACUAGGGACCACACACACCAGGCCAACAAUGGUAACUAGGGACCACACACACCAGGCCAACAAUGGUAACUAGGGACCACACACACCAGGUCAACAAUGGUAACUAGGAACCACACACACACACCAGGCCAACAAUGGUAACUAGGAACCACACACACACACCAGGCCAACAAUGGUAACUAGGAACCACACACACACACCAGGCCAACAAUGGCAACUAGGAACCACACACACACACCAGGCCAACAAUGGCAACUAGGGACCAGACACACACCAGGCCAACAAUGGUAACUAGGGACCAGACACACACCAGGCCAACAAUGGUAACUAGGGACCAGACACACACCAGGCCAACAAUGGUAACUAGGGACCAGACACACACCAGGCCAACAAUGGUAACUAGGGACCAGACACACACCAGGCCAACAAUGGUAACUAGGGACCAGACACACACCAGGCCAACAAUGGUAACUAGGGACCAGACACACACCAGGCCAACAAUGGUAACUAGGGACCAGACACACACCAGGCCAACAAUGGUAACUAGGGACCAGACACACACCAGGCCAACAAUGGUAACUAGGGACCAGACACACACCAGGCCAACAAUGGUAACUAGGGACCAGACACACACCAGGCCAACAAUGGUAACUAGGGACCAGACACACACCAGGCCAACAAUGGUAACUAGGGACCAGACACACACCAGGCCAACAAUGGUAACUAGGGACCACACACACACCAGGCCAACAAUGGUAACUAGGGACCACACACACACCAGGCCAACAAUGGUAACUAGGAACCACACACACACACACCAGGCCAACAAUGGCAACUAGGGACCAGACACACACCAGGCCAACAAUGGUAACUAGGGACCAGACACACACCAGGCCAACAAUGGUAACUAGGGACCAGACACACACCAGGCCAACAAUGGUAACUAGGGACCAGACACACACCAGGCCAACAAUGGUAACUAGGGACCAGACACACACCAGGCCAACAAUGGUAACUAGGGACCAGACACACACCAGGCCAACAAUGGUAACUAGGGACCAGACACACACCAGGCCAACAAUGGUAACUAGGGACCAGACACACACCAGGCCAACAAUGGUAACUAGGAACCACACACACACACCAGGCCAACAAUGGCAACUAGGGACCAGACACACACCAGGCCAACAAUGGUAACUAGGGACCAGACACACACCAGGCCAACAAUGGUAACUAGGGACCAGACACACACCAGGCCAACAAUGGUAACUAGGGACCAGACACACACCAGGCCAACAAUGGUAACUAGGGACCACACACACCAGGCCAACAAUGGUAACUAGGGACCAGACACACACCAGGCCAACAAUGGUAACUAGGGACCAGACACACACCAGGCCAACAAUGGUAACUAGGGACCAGACACACACCAGGCCAACAAUGGUAACUAGGGACCAGACACACACCAGGCCAACAAUGGUAACUAGGGACCAGACACACACCAGGCCAACAAUGGUAACUAGGGACCAGACACACACCAGGCCAACAAUGGUAACUAGGGACCAGACACACACCAGGCCAACAAUGGUAACUAGGGACCAGACACACACCAGGCCAACAAUGGUAACUAGGGACCAGACACACACCAGGCCAACAAUGGUAACUAGGGACCAGACACACACCAGGCCAACAAUGGUAACUAGGGACCAGACACACACCAGGCCAACAAUGGUAACUAGGGACCAGACACACACCAGGCCAACAAUGGUAACUAGGGACCAGACACACACCAGGCCAACAAUGGUAACUAGGGACCAGACACACACCAGGCCAACAAUGGUAACUAGGGACCAGACACACACCAGGCCAACAAUGGUAACUAGGGACCACACACACACCAGGCCAACAAUGGUAACUAGGAACCACACACACACACCAGGCCAACAAUGGCAACUAGGGACCAGACACACACCAGGCCAACAAUGGUAACUAGGGACCAGACACACACCAGGCCAACAAUGGUAACUAGGGACCAGACACACACCAGGCCAACAAUGGUAACUAGGGACCAGACACACACCAGGCCAACAAUGGUAACUAGGGACCAGACACACACCAGGCCAACAAUGGUAACUAGGGACCACACACACCAGGCCAACAAUGGUAACUAGGGACCAGACACACACCAGGCCAACAAUGGUAACUAGGGACCAGACACACACCAGGCCAACAAUGGUAACUAGGGACCAGACACACACCAGGCCAACAAUGGUAACUAGGGACCACACACACCAGGCCAACAAUGGUAACUAGGGACCACACACACCAGGCCAACAAUGGUAACUAGGGACCAGACACACACCAGGCCAACAAUGGUAACUAGGGACCACACACACCAGGCCAACAAUGGUAACUAGGGACCACACACCAGGCCAACAAUGGCAACUAGGGACCACACACACCAGGCCAACACCGGUAACUAGGGACCACACACACCAGGCCAACAAUGGUAACUAGGGACCACACACACCAGGCCAACACCGAUAACUAGGGAACACACACACCAGGCCAACAAUGGUAACUAGGGACCAGACACACACCAGGCCAACAAUGGUAACUAGGGACCAGACACACACCAGGCCAACAAUGGUAACUAGGGACCAGACACACACCAGGCCAACAAUGGUAACUAGGGACCAGACACACACCAGGCCAACAAUGGUAACUAGGGACCAGACACACACCAGGCCAACAAUGGUAACUAGGGACCAGACACACACCAGGCCAACAAUGGUAACUAGGGACCACACACACACCAGGCCAACAAUGGUAACUAGGAACCACACACACACACCAGGCCAACAAUGGCAACUAGGGACCAGACACACACCAGGCCAACAAUGGCAACUAGGGACCAGACACACACCAGGCCAACAAUGGUAACUAGGGACCAGACACACACCAGGCCAACAAUGGUAACUAGGGACCAGACACACACCAGGCCAACAAUGGUAACUAGGGACCACACACACCAGGCCAACAAUGGUAACUAGGGACCAGACACACACCAGGCCAACAAUGGUAACUAGGGACCAGACACACACCAGGCCAACAAUGGUAACUAGGGACCAGACACACACCAGGCCAACAAUGGUAACUAGGGACCAGACACACACCAGGCCAACAAUGGUAACUAGGGACCACACACACCAGGCCAACAAUGGUAACUAGGGACCACACACACCAGGCCAACAAUGGUAACUAGGGACCAGACACACACCAGGCCAACAAUGGUAACUAGGGACCAGACACACACCAGGCCAACAAUGGUAACUAGGGACCAGACACACACCAGGCCAACAAUGGUAACUAGGGACCACACACACCAGGCCAACAAUGGUAACUAGGGACCACACACCAGGCCAACAAUGGCAACUAGGGACCACACACACCAGGCCAACACCGGUAACUAGGGACCACACACACCAGGCCAACAAUGGUAACUAGGGACCACACACACCAGGCCAACACCGAUAACUAGGGAACACACACACCAGGCCAACAAUGGUAACCAGGGACCACACACACCCAAGUGAGAUGGCAAGCAUACAGGUACACACUCCCUAUGUAAAGACCCAUUGUAAACCAAGAGACCAAAGAUCCACACAUUCCCCUAUCACUUAUGAGACUCAACGGGAUCAGCAUGCUGUUUACCAAAGAUACACCAACCACUAGACUGUAGACCAAAGAUACACCCUCAAGACUCACCACAGAAUAAGUAAACCAAGAUAGCCACCAACUACUUCCCAUCCUGGAGCAGGACCUGAAGGGGAAGAGACCAUUUUCCUUUUGUUUUCAAGGAAUUUGCAGACAACCUGCAGGACCACAUGUUGGGAACCAGUGUGUGAAAUAUCACCAUGAAUAUUUAUCAAUACUACUAAAUGUCAGACAGACCUAAUGUUACCUCUAUGCAGUACAUAAGAUAUGUGCCUUGACACAGAUAUUGUUUGUGAAGAUGAAGCGUGUGAAUAAUAAACCUUGGUGUACCAAACAUAA